AUGAAAGGAGGCACAGUUCAGAUCAACUGGCACGACACCAAGCCGGUACUAACCCUAGAUUUCCACCCAACUUCUGGUACUCUCGCUACUGGUGGCGCCGAUUUCGACAUCAAGCUUUGGUUAAUAAAUUCGAGCGAAACACAGAAGAAACUCCCAGCAGCUUCAUAUCAAAAUAGCCUUUCUUACCAUAGUUCUGCUGUAAAUGUCCUUCGCUUCUCUCCUUCUGGAGAACAGCUUGCCUCUGGUGCAGACGGAGGUGAGCUGAUUAUAUGGAAGUUGCAUGCAACAGAAACUAGCACAACGUGGAAGGUCCUUAAGACAUUGUCAUUUCACCGCAAAGAUGUGCUGGACCUCCAGUGGUCUGCUGAUGGUGCAUUUCUCAUCUCUGGGUCAGUUGAUAAUUCUUGCAUCAUAUGGGAUGUGAACAAAGGUUCUGUCCAUCAGAUUCUGGAUGCCCAUUCCCAUUAUGUUCAAGGUGUGGCAUGGGACCCAUUGGCCAACUACGCUGCUUCCCUAAGUUCCGAUAGAACUUGUCGCAUUUAUGUCAAAAAAGCCCAAUCAAAAGCAAAAGGUGCCGAGAAGACAAAUUAUGUUUGCCAGCAUGUUAUUUCAAAGGCCGGGCCUCCACUGUUGGAUGAUUCUAAGUCUGCAAAAUACCAUCUCUUUCAUGAUGAGACGUUGCCAUCUUUCUUUCGAAGAUUAGCAUGGUCACCUGAUGGAUCAUUUCUACUUGUUCCAGCAGGUUCCUACAAAAUAUCAUCUGCACCGGAGACAAUAAAUACAGCUUAUGUAUUUUCUAGAAAGGACCUUUCAAGGCCUGCUCUACAGCUCCCUAGUGCCUGCAAACCUGUUGUAGCAGUUCGUUUCUGCCCUUUGCUCUUUAGCCUGCGGGGGUCAAAUCAAUCCGGGUUCUUUAAGCUUCCCCAUCGUAUUGUUUUUGCUGUGGCCACUUUAAAUUCUUUGUACAUUUAUGACACAGAGAGUGUUCCUCCAAUUGCAAUCUUUGCUGGUCUUCACUAUGCAGCCAUAACUGACAUUGCAUGGUCACCCAACGCCCAAUACUUAGGAUUGUCUUCUCAAGAUGGUUACUGCACGUUGGUAGAAUUUGAAAAUGAUGAACUGGGAUCACCUAUCUGUUCAUCAGAGGAAAAGAAAGUCAUGCAUGACAAGAACAAAAGCCCAGUUCAGAAGUCAGAGAACAUGAUGAUUGAAGCUACUAAAAAUGAUAGUCUUGUCGCUGAAGAUAAUGGAAGAACUGUAGAAGAAAGGAAUCAACAAAAAGAAGCUGAAAGGAAAGAAGAGAAAGUCAUGGGUGAACAGAAUAAAAGGCCAGCUGAGAAGGCAGAGGACAUGGUAAUUGAAUCUACUGCAACUGACAGUCGUGUUGCAGCAGAUAAUGGAAAUUCAGAAGCAGAAGGGAAUCGAAAAACAGAAGUAGAAACGAAAGCAAAAGAAGUCGUUGAUUUAGAGAACAGAAGUCCAGUUGAGAACCCUGAGGACAUGGUAGUUGAAGUUACUGCAAAUGGUAGUCUUGUUGCAGCAUAUGAUGCAAAAUCAGAAGCAGAAAGGAAUGAAGGGAUAACAGAAUCUAAAAGCUCAAUGAAGACUGCUACUGUAAAUAGGCCUCCUACCAAAAGGCGUAUUACACCUAUGGCAAUCGACCCGUGA